UUUGUUUAGCACCACUCAUGGCUGAUUCCCUGAGCUGCACCGCCGCCGAUCUCCUCCCCCUGAUCGGCGGCGCCGCCAACGCCACCGCGACUGCCGCCUUCAUCUGCGGCCGGUUCGACAGCAUAUCGGCGAAGCUGUCGGACGCGACGUAUGCGAUCGACAACACGUACUUGCUAUUUUCGGCGUAUUUGGUGUUCGCGAUGCAGCUCGGCUUCGCGAUGCUCUGCGCCGGAUCCGUUCGGGCGAAGAACACGAUGAACAUCAUGCUCACUAAUGUUCUCGACGCCGCGGCCGGCGGGAUCAGCUACUAUCUCUUCGGCUUCGCCUUCGCCUACGGCGCGCCGUCCAAUGCCUUCAUCGGAAAACACUUUUUUGGGCUCCGGGAUUUUCCGACGCCGACCGGCGAUUAUAGCUUCUUUCUCUAUCAGUGGGCUUUCGCCAUCGCCGCCGCCGGUAUUACCAGCGGCUCGAUUGCAGAGAGGACCCAAUUCGUAGCCUACUUAAUCUACUCCUCCUUCCUCACCGGCUUCGUCUACCCCGUCGUCUCCCACUGGUUCUGGUCCCCCGACGGCUGGGCCUCCCCGGCCAGGGCCAACGGCGACCUUCUCUUCAACUCCGGCGCCAUCGAUUUCGCCGGCUCCGGCGUCGUCCACAUGGUCGGCGGCAUUGCCGGUCUAUGGGGAGCCCUAAUCGAGGGCCCCCGGAUCGGCCGGUUCGACCGGACCGGCCGGUCCGUCGCCCUCCGCGGCCACAGCGCCUCCCUGGUCGUCCUCGGCAGCUUCCUGCUAUGGUUCGGAUGGUACGGAUUCAAUCCAGGAUCCUUCCUGGCGAUAAACAGAUCCUACGGCUCAGAUCGCGGCACGUACUACGGCCAGUGGAGCGCCGUCGGGAGGACGGCGGUGACGACGACGCUGGCCGGGAGCACGGCGGCGCUGACGACGCUGUUCGGGAAGAGGUUCCUGAAGGGACACUGGAACGUGAUCGACGUCUGCAAUGGCUUGCUCGGCGGCUUCGCGGCGAUCACCUCCGGCUGCUCGGUGGUGGAGCCUUGGGCGGCGAUAGUCUGCGGCUUCGUGGCGGCGUGGGUCCUGAUCGGCUGCAACAAGCUGGCGGAGAUGGCUAAGUACGACGACCCGUUGGAGGCGGCGCAGCUCCACGGCGGCUGCGGCUCGUGGGGGGUACUGUUCACCGGAUUGUUCGCCAAAAAGGCGUAUGUGAAUGAGGUCUACCCGGGGCGGCCGGGCAGGCCGUACGGGCUGCUGAUGGGCGGCGGCGGGAGGCUGCUGGCGGCGCAGAUUGUGCAGGUGCUGGUGAUAGUGGGGUGGGUGUCGGUGACGAUGGCGCCGUUGUUCCUCGGGUUGCAGGCGAUGAAGCUAUUGAGGAUAUCGAGCGAGGACGAGAUGGCGGGGAUGGACGCGACGAGGCACGGGGGGAUGGCGUAUCUUUAUAACGACGAGGACGAGGAGAGCAUUGGGAUGAGGCAGAUGAAGAUGAAUAGGGUCGAGCCGAGGGAGACGCCGCCCCCGGCAUCAGGGGUCGGGGUUUAGAUAUGAUAUGUUAAAGAUGAUGUUUUUUGUUGUUUCAAUGUUGUUUGGGAACUACAAUGUUUGAUAAUGUAGUUUUAAUAUUUGAGUGGUGUAGGUUUUGAUGAAAAAAUGUUUGUGUAUUUGUUUGAUAUUUUUAUUCAAAUAAUACUCUAUGUCCGAUUUUGUAAUAAAUUAAAAAAUAUAA